UCUUGGUUGGCUGUAAAGUUAUAAUAAAGAAAAGAAUGAAGAAAACCUUAAAUAUUAAAAUCGGAUGAAGAUAAACUUUUUUCGUCCCGUUCAGAACUGUCACCUUUGAAGGUCGGGUAUGAGGCGCUUUCGUUGAAACCGCCGUUUUUUGUUUGUGUUGCAGGAUAGAUCGAUGGAAGCAAAAAGAAAGAUGCUAUAAUCAUCGGAAUGAAAUCGAAAACACCAAACCAUACUUCGUGGGUAAUGACACUACCGCUCCAACCUCCAGCAAGUUCAACAACACGGUAAACAGCACGUACGAGAAUAGCUAGUGUUGCUAAACAUAAGCAUAAAAAGCAAACGUCUUUAUAUCGUGAACGAGGAAUGUCUGUAGUGCUGGGACCAGCUCGCACGGGUUUGCCUCUACAAACAGCUGCAGCAAACAUUAGCCCUAAAAUUGAAAAGACAACAGUGCUAAAAAGUUGAAAGCAAAUACCACCAAGCAUGAUGUUAGCACCCUUGUUUUGCUCAGAUGAACCUUCUUUAGCACCACCGGCAAUACCACCGCCUGCAGCUUGCAAAACGAGAGCAAUUAUAUCGAAAGUAAUGAAAAUAAUCGCAUACAAUUUAGGUUUGAGAAGGGAAAAUCGAGGUCCGUAAAGCAUAACCCAGUGGUACAGUAAAACGUAUACUUCGGCGGAAUAAAAGACUGGUGAAAUAAUUAAAGCAAUAAUCUGACCUAAAAAGUCUGAAUAGUUGUUUGGAUGGUAAUGAGCAUUCACCCGGCAAGCCCAUCCAGCCAGCUCGCCGGCUGUUCCAAUAAUUGGAACAACGAUCAAUGGAUGUCUAUAUACUAUCGAAGAAGCCAACAAAAGGGCAAAGGAUAUACUGAAAAAAACGACAGCAAUAAUUGCCAACCAACCAGCUGGAAUAUAACCAAACGCAUUAUGAUAUGCCGCCAUUUUCAAAUUUCGCUAAAGCUCACACACAAGACGGAAGGGUAUCGCUGAAAUGAAUCAGGUAUAAAAGAAGUCCUAAAAUGAACUAGUCUAUUAAAGAUUGAUUUUCGUAUCAAUUAUAAAAUCGAAGCUACAAAAAAAGAAGGAGAGGAGAUAUCGUUUUUCAAAAGGACGCGAUUGUAAUUAACCGAACCGAACCGAUCAGUUUUUCUGACGAACCGCCUUCCUACUGGAGAUUGAAACUAUUAUUCAAAAUAUAUACCAAAUUAAUUAGAUACCUACACGGACCCAAUCCAAUACAAAGGAAAUUUACCUUUUCUCCUAUUCUCAAUGUUGUUAAAGAAAGGUGAUAAGUGCCAGUUAAUAAUGUUGGAUUUUCCGAUACUUUGUGUUCUACGCAGCGGAUUUCGUUAAAAGUGAUUUAUUUAUUUCGGUUCAUACUUACCGAACUGCACCUCGUUACGUUCAUCAGAUAAGAAUUAAUUCGUUACGGUAGUUAGCAUUCAAGAGGAAAGUAUUCUCGUUCACACUGUUUAAAAGAAAAAAAUUCAAAAAUAAAAACAAAUAAAAAAAGAUUUCUUUUAUGGUUUACUCGGUUUUGAUGGAAAAGAAAAAAGAACAUAAUGAGGAUUCAAAAAUUUUUGGUUUAAAAUUGACUCGCUGGAUUUCAGUAAUAAACAAAGCCAUCCAUUUUCAGUUUGGUUUUGCAAGAGGAAAACAGCUUCGGUUUCUGAUUCAUACCUUGUUUAACGUCUGUUUUUAUGAGUUAUCUUUUUUCUUACGAGCUUUGCUACUAUAUGAAUAGGUCAGCGUGGAUGAUGAGCCUUUUUGAUGAUGCUUGUAGUUAUAUUGCUCUUGUCAUACGUAAAACCACCAUUUAGCAGGCAUAUACAAUUUUUAUGGAGGAAAAAACCGACAUGCUGUUCUUUUAUUUAGUUUCUUGAGAACAAGCUCUUUCUUUUGGCUUACCAAUAAAUGCGACCUUUUUUUUUUUUUUUUCUUUCUUCAGAAUUUGCACUUUGCUAUCAGGGCUAUAACGUAUGCAUACUAUCAAAGAGGAUCAAAAAAUGAAAGAAAAGAAUCAGACAAAAGACGUACACUAAAAUUGUAAUUGACAUCAUCUUAGAACAAUACUUUUUCUUUUUUAUUCUCACGUCUCAUUUUGCUAGGUGUAAGUGCAAGUGCAUUCAAUAUGUCAGUUCGAGUAUGUUGUGUUCAGAUGGCACCAAAGGUAGGAGAUGUGAAAGAGAAUACAAAGAGGAUGUCUGAGUUUGUGGACGAGAUUCUGAGCAAAGAAUCCGUUGACAUGGUUGUUUUUCCAGAACUAGCUACUUCAGGAUAUGAAUGUGGGGACAAGUUUUAUCAUCUAGCAGAAUGCGUUGAGACUAGUGAUUCCGUUCAGUUUAUGUGUAAAGUUGCAAAACAAUAUGGUGUUCAUAUUGUAUUUGGAUUCCCGGAACGAAAAACUCAAGAAAGCAAACAACUGUUCAACUCCAGUGUAUACAUCGACUCGAAAGGACAUGUCUGCGGGACUUAUCAAAAGAUGCACUUAUUUGAUCAAGAAAGGAAAUAUUUUUCCCAUGGUACAGAAUUUCCCAUUUUCAAUACUCCCUUUGGUAAAAUGGGACUCUUAAUUUGUUGGGAUACUGCAUUCCCCGAGGCUGCUCGAAUAUACUCAUUAAAAGGUGCAGACUUUUUAAUCGUAUCUUCCAACUGGGAGAAACCUUAUGAAGAUGAUUGGGACUUGGCUGUGAGUGCUAGAGCACUGGACAAUUGUAUACCGAUUGCAGCAGCAAACCGUGUAGGCAAAGACGAAACGCUUAGCUUUUUUGGUCAUAGUCGAAUCGUCGGUCCUACUGGGAAAGUCAUCCAAAGCAUUGAUAAGGAUUCUGAGGGAUUUAUUAUUGCCGAUCUGGAUCAAAAUCACUCGAAGCGUCUUCGUCAAGAGUAUUAUACGUUUUUCCGUGAUCGAAAACCCCAUUUGUAUACGGAUCUCAUUCAUUAGCUUCCCUUGAAGAAUUUUUUGUUAACGAAUUUAUUAUAAAAGGAUGUAAUCUUUCCUUUCUUUUCAUUAUUAUUAAUAUACACGAUUGUACUUUUAAACAAUCCCUUGAAGCAUGAAAACUCAGCUUUUUAAUGUGUAAGUAUAUUAAUGUAAUUUUAGUUAGCUUAGUAACUGCGCUCCCG